AUGGACAUUUGCACUCAACGCUCAUCACCCCGCGUUCGUCCCCGGAGGACCUCCAACCUUCAAGAACGCGGAGCUAUGCACACCAGUAGAAGGACCGUUGCAAACAAGAGCCCGUCUCUUGCAAAUAAUAAAGUCCUUGCACGCACCAGCACAAGUAACUCCUUGUCCUCAACUUCAUCAAUCUCUUCGAGUGGAUCGACGGCAUCGACAGAAGAGGUCUUGGCAGACUUUGCAGUUCGCUCCCGCUCCUCCCGUCAAGCCCUCUACAUUGUCCGUCGCCUUCAGGCUCUCAAGCGCGCUGCGGACGCUGCAAAUCCGUUGGAUCACGCUCCCGCUUUUGCCUAUGCUAAAUACAUUCUCGACCACGCAACUCGUCUCGAAUUUGAUCAGUACGCCUACGUCCAAGAUGCACUCGCCAUCAUAAAGGACCUUGCGUCCGGUCCCUCGGCCUAUCCUCCUGCUCAACUCGUUCGCGCCAACAUUCUCUUGUCGGGCCCACCUUGUCAAGACCCGUCCAAACCCAUCCUCCAGCAGCGCGACAAUGAAGGUGCCUUUCGUCUCUACAUGUCGGCUGCCAAAGCAGACAUCCCGGACGCUGCUUACCGCGCCGCAAUGAUGAUUCAAAACCGUCGCGUGCCAUGGGGAGGCGACAUGACAGAGAGCAUUCGUCUCUUGAACAUGGCAGCUAAGCACAACCAUCCAGGUGCACUCUAUGCUCUCGCAAAACGCCUUCUCGGCUCUGGUUCCCGCAAAGACCUCGUCAAGGGCAUUGAAUACCUCCGCCUCUCUGCCGCAACGGCAACAAAAGUCCAUCCGGAAGCCCUGCACGAUCUGGCUCUCAUAUACCGCGACGGUCUCUCGACCCUCGUCGCUCAAGACCCAACCUCCGCCCUCAACCUCCUCCUGGACGCCGCUGACCUCAAACACGCACCCUCCCAGCACCUCUUGGCAACAGCCUACCUCUCCCCAACGCCUUCACUCGGCAUUACGACUCCCAACCCGGCUCUCGCCGUCCACUAUUGCUCAUUAGCCGCAAAAGCCUCCUUUCCACCCGCCAUGCUCUCCCUCUCGAAAAUGUACCUGACAGGCAUGUCCACGCCUACGACUGUCAUCUUGUCACCUGACCCCGCCGAAGCCUACCUACUGGCCCGCAAAGCUGCCGAAAAGGGCCUGGCAAGCGCCCAAUGUUUAGUCGGCAGGUUUGUAGAAGAGGGGCAAUGUGUCAAAUGUAUGGAUCCGACAAAGGAGGCCACAUUGUGGUACAAGAGAGCUGCAGAUCAAGGCAAUCGGGAGGCAAGAAUGAGGUUGUCGAGAUUGGAAGGUCGCCCUUAA